UUUGUUUCGUUUUGUAAAAUUUUGUUAUUAUUUAGUAAUUAAACAAUUAUUUUAAUAUUCAGCAAUUAUUUCAUUCAACUAUUUGCUUUGAUCUAUUUCAUGCAGCAUUCUAAUAUUGUGUAACUUGUGGAUGUAAAUAUGUAGGGAUUUGGUUUACAUAAAUAUUAUACGGACAGACUCAAAAUGAUUCUGUACGAUCGUUUUUGUCAGUUCUUUGGAAAUAUAAAGUUAUCUCGCGUGAUAAUUUGCGUUUUUGUUAUACUAUUCCUAGUACCUCUUGUCACUCAUUAUUAUUUGUCUAAGUAUGAAUCAACCCUGGGGUCAAUGGGUAACAACCCUAUGCAGCACACAUUGGAAGCCCUGACAGAUUUUUCAACCAUGAAUGUAGCUGAUCUUAAGCUUAGAAUCGAAGAGAUGCUUAGAAUUAAGGCUUCUGUGUCCACGGAACUGCGGGAGUUGGAGGCGCGCCGCAGUUGGUUGCAACGUGAGGCGACUGCGGCCAGCAAUAAAGCUGAUAGCGCGAAAGCGGAACAUGCCCGCGCCGCUGCCGAGCUUGAACGAUUGCGUGUUUCCGCCGACCAAGCACGCCUAGCGCAACUAGAGGCAAUAAGACGUGAUUCUCCCGAAUUAGCUCCUCCUAUACAAAUACUUCCAUCACGACCACCCCCCAUCUUGCCCUCGCUGAACACGUCAUCGGAAGUCCAUUGCCGUAUGUUUUCUUGUUUUGACCACUCUCGUUGCUCAUUAACAUCGGGAUUUCCUGUAUACUUUUAUGACCCAGAUAUCUAUGCUCCGUUGGCUGGGGCAGAAGUGGAUGGUUUUCUUAAAACAACUCUUCGACAAACAUUGGGUUAUAAUGCACAUCUAACACAUAACCCAAACGAAGCCUGCAUUUACCUUGUACUUGUGGGGGAAGCUUUUCCAUUCGACAAAAAUCCUUCGUCAACAACAGAAUCAUAUAAAUUAUUACUAAAUGAAACAGCGGUCAAGAGUCUUCCAUUUUGGGGUGGAGAUGGUCGUAACCACGUAUUGUUGAAUCUCGCUCGACGGGAGUUAGCGGUUGGCUCAGGUGACGCUUUUCGAGGAGCGUCUACAGGCAGAGCAAUUAUCGCUCAAUCUACAUUUACAUACCAGUAUUUUAGACCUGGUUAUGACAUCGUGACACCACCAGCACUAGGGCCACCGGGUGGUGACGUGUGGUCUGACUGUGCGCCUAUAGCGCCAGCGAGACGAAAAUAUUUACUUAGUUUUCAGGGUUCGCAACCUCCAGCGAAAGGUCAAGAUAGAGACCAAGAUAUAAAUCUUGUCAAAUAUCUUCAAGGAAUAGAGAAGGAAGCACCCUCACAGGACAUGUUCUUCUUACAAUUUGAAUGUGACCCACCUGUAGAACGCCGGGCGGUAUUGCCCAUCGGGGAUUGGGCUCUCUGUGGUACUGAUAGAUCUAGACGAGCGAUCCUACGAGAUUCCACAUUUGUACUUAUAUUGGCUCCUGCCGACCGCACAUAUAUAACAACAGCUUUGUUACAAGGAAGGUUAUAUGAAGCUCUAAGAUCUGGUGCCAUACCCCUUAUAUUGGGAGGUGAUAGAAUUCGUUUGCCGUUUGAUGAAGUCCUUGAUUGGCGGCGAGCGGUACUUAUGUUACCAAAGGCACGAGUGACCGAACUUCAUUUCCUGUUGCGAGCCAUAUCGGACGCCGAUUUGUUGACAUUCCGAAGGCAUGGUCGUGUAUUAUGGGAGAGAUAUCUAAGUUCGGUACAGGCGAGCGUGGACUCUUUGCUGGCAACUAUACGCACCAGGUUGAACAUUCCACCACUGCCGGCGACGCCAACGAUAGGAUCUCCCGCGUUUAACGACUCAUAUUCUCCUCCGAAGUCGGAACCUCAGUUGGUAGAAUCAGAGCAAGACGAGACACUGGGUCCGCUUGAGGCACCAUAUUCGAGUCCUGCUUUUCGUAGGAAUUUUACAUUAGGAUUAUUACACGGUUAUGAACUGUGGAAUGAGUGGGGAGAGCCGUUCUCACUAUAUCCGCAGUUGCCGUGGGACCCUAUGGUAACGUCAGAGGCGCGCUUUAUGGGUUCAGCUGCGGGAUUUCGGCCACUGGGCGCUGGGGCAGGCGGUUCAGGCAAGGAGUUCAGCGAAGCAUUAGGAGGUGACCGCCCACGUGAGCAGUUCACAAUUGUUAUACUCACGUACGAACGUGAGGCGGUGCUAGCUGCGGCUUUGACGCGCCUUCGUGGACUACCCUAUUUGAAUAAGGUGUUGGUGGUGUGGAACGGUCCGUCAUCCCCUAUGGCGGCGUCGUGGCCCGAGAGCGGGGCGCCGGUGGUGGUGGUGCGGGCGACGCGGAACUCCCUCAACAACCGGUUCCUACCGUACCACCUUGUGGACACUGAGGCUGUACUCUGCGUGGAUGAUGACGCGCAUCUCAGGCACGACGAGAUCGUUUUCGCAUUUAGGGUUUGGCGUGAGCACCGCGAUAGAAUUGUGGGAUUCCCCGGACGGUACCACGCGUGGGAUCUCAAUUACAAUAAUGGAUUUCUCUACAAUUCAAAUUACAGCUGUGAGCUGAGUAUGGUCCUGACUGGCGCAGCAUUCGUGCAUCGCUAUUAUCUGUGGGCGUACUGGCGUGUACUACCCGCCGCUGUCCGCGAUUAUGUUGACGAGUAUAUGAACUGCGAAGACAUCGCGAUGAACUUUCUCGUCGCACACAUCACCAGGAAGCCCCCCGUCAAGGUAACUUCAAGAUGGACAUUCCGCUGUCCUGGGUGUCCAAUAACAUUAUCAGCAGACGAGACACACUUCCAUGAGAGACAUAAGUGUAUUCAGUUCUUCUCUCAGGUCAUGGGGUACACUCCCCUCUUAUCAACACAGUACCGGGCUGACUCAGUGUUAUUCAAAACGCGGAUACCCCACGACAAACAGAAGUGUUUCAAGUUCAUAUAGUGCUCUCACAUGAAGCCCUCGUGUCGACGGAUUGUCUCGUAAGAACGUUUUUUGUUUAUGUGACUGGAUCUUAAUGUUUUCGUCGGAUCACAUAUUUAAAUUUAUAUACCUAAUGAAAUUCUAUGAUUGUUAAUUAUGUAUUAGUACAUUUAUUUUUAAUAAUAAAUUAAAGGGAAUAUAGAUAUUGAGGUGACAUUUGUCUGAUAUGACAUAUGUACUGUCUUGACAGAUACAUUCUUUCACGCGCGAUCAGGAACGCGCGCCAUUUAGCGCGGGAAAGCCAGUGCCCGUAAUCGUGAGGGAUUGCAUUUAACUAUUUUUUGUUUCACUAUUUCGAUGAUGAUUUAUGGCAUUUCACUCUAUUAUAAAUAUUAUUUUUAUUUUAAAGAUUUUAUUUUUCAGUGUUUAAUAUAUAUGAAUUAUCAAUAACUCUAUAAUUAUGUUUUUGCUCCAUUGUCUGAUGUCUCCCAUUUUGCAAUGAUAAUUAAUUAUUUAAGAAGGCGCUAAAGCA